CAUUGUAGGCAAAAAUGAGAAACGCUUCCUACUCUAAAAAAUCUCUGGCUGUCAAUGAAUCCAGCAGGAUGCGUCAAAGCUCAUCUGGUCAUGAUAACUUGUCUUUUUCUCAGGGCCAGGAAGGGAUUAAGGAGAUUGUAGAAGAAGCAAUUCCUAAGGUCCGCAUUUAUCGCCCAAAUGAGAAGGAAGAACUUCAGGAAGUGAAUAACCGCUUUGCAGGCUACAUCCAUAAAGUCCAUUCUUUGGAGCAAAAGAACAAGGCACUGCGGACUGAGAUUGAAGAGUUAACUGUCCGCUUGAAAGAAAGGGGUCCUUGCAUUUCAGAUGAGUACGACAAGGAAUUCAAGGAGCUCAAAGACCUGAUUGAGAAGUUAACCAAAGAAAAGGGCAUGGCUGAAAUUGAGAGGGGAAAUCUAGAAGAAGAAAUUGAUAUUUGGAAUGCAAAGUGCGAUGAAGAACUUAUCCUAAAAGGUGAAGCUGAGCAGACCCUGAGAGAAUUCCGUCAGGAUGUGGAUGACGCAACCAUUCAGAAGCUUGAACUGGAGAGGAAAGUUGAGCAGCUGGUGGAUGAGAUUGAAUUCCUUAAGAAGCUUCAUGAUGAAGAAGUGGCUGAUUUACUAAAGCAGAUCGAGGAAUCGAAGGUCUCUGCAGAACUCGAUACCAGUCGCCCUGACCUGGCAGCAGCAGUUAAGGCAAUACGUGCUCAAAUUGAACAGGAAGUCACCAAAAAUAUCCAGGAUGCAGAGAAGUGGUAUAAAACCAAGCUUGGUUCCCUAAAGGGACAGGUCUCCAAGAAUGAAGAAAAAAUGAAGACCAUCAGGGAGGAUAUCAGCAGGUACUCCUCUCAAGUGUCAGAUCUGCAAAAUGAAAUUGAUACCUUGAGGGCCCGCAAUGAAGCUUUGGAGAAGCAGUUGGAGGAUAUGGAAGCAAAGCACCUGGAAGAAGUAGCAGCCCUGCAUGAAAUCAUCGCUCAUCUAGAGAGUCAGUUACUAGAGACAAAGGCUGAUUUAGCACGCUAUCUGCAAGAUUACCAGGAUCUGCUAAACAUCAAGAUCAAGCUGGAUGCUGAGAUAGCAGUCUACAGAAAACUGCUGGAAGAAGAGGAACAAAGGCUUGGAAUUAAGACUGAAAGUGAGGGUAAGAAAUACUAA